AAAGCAUCCAGGACUGGCGCGGCUACGCUGUUUGCGAGCUUUCGUGGAAACGCCAUUGAAUCUAAUCCAAAGGGGUGGUGGGUGAGGGGGAUUCAUCCAUGACAUUUCUACCUCUCUACCAUACCAGUGCACCACAACCACAUCGAUCUGAUCGUUCGCGCGAGACCGGCGCGCGCAUGGCGGUAGGCAGGAGGCUGGAGCUCCUCGUCUUCUUCUCCACGGCCGGCAGCACGCUUCUCGACCUGCUGGCGGCGGUCAUGUGUACCGGGGCGGACCCAUACGACGCAGCGUUCAGGCUGCCCAACCGCUUGAUGCGGUGGAGUCUGCUGUGCGGCGCCUUCCCGUGGGGUGGGGUGCUGCUGGCGUUACAGUCGACCUGGCUGGGCGUGCUCGACGCCGGCUGGGAGCCCACCAAUGUCGAGCUCCUGCUCCUCGUCGCCGUGGAGUGCGUCGUCGCGUGCUUCACCUUCGGCGUGGCGUGCGCCGCCCUCGGCGUCGACCGGCUCGCCGUCCAGCACGGCAACUGCGGCCCGAGCGCCGCCGUGUGCUCCUUGUACCUUGUCGCCGCCGCGGCCGCGUGCGGUGCCGCGGCUCUCGCCGCCGUGUCGGCCUUGGGGAUGCUCUGGAUCCUCGCCGCCCGGUUCCGCCCGGCUCGCGCGGCCUAG